AUGUGCGUAGGAUGGCAUGUGCUUAUCGCUGAUGCGUAUUCACUAAAAGAAGCUUGGGAUGAGAUGGAGGCACGGCCGAUUGGCGUUGUAAGAGGGGUUGAUAGUUACGAGGCUAGUGGUUGUGAUGCGGUAGGCUAUGGUGGAAGAAGGGAUAGGUUGGGGUGUUCGAGCUUGAUUGGAGUUUGGAUUGUGAGUGGUGAUUGUGGUUUCAAUGGCAAUAGGAGGGAAAAGGUUUGUAGAGGAUUUGUUGGUCUGUCGGCUUCGGGUAGUCUAGGAGGAAGGUCGGGCGAGGUUGGCUACUUUUAUGAGAGUGAUCCGGUGGAGCUUGGUGAAGGUAGAAAUAGCCAUGGCGACCAUCUUUUUCCGGUGAAGAUGGUUGCCUAG